AUGAAGCUCAUGCUUCUGGUUUUGACCGUUACCCUGACACUGGCCCAGGCCGCCAAAGUCAUGAAGUGUUGGCGUAGUUUGGGAAUUUGCAGAACCACAUGUGAAGAGGGUGAAGUAUUCCACAUAUUAUGCAAUGCUGAGGCCAAGUGCUGUGUGAAUCCGAAGUACGUGCCUGUCAACACCAAAUCCUCAAACUCAGCUGGAAGCCCGGGAUAA